CAGAUUGUCAGUAGAUGUCAGGUCCAGUAUCCCACAUAGUCUUUGCUCUUUAUUUGGGGAGGCAGGACUCAGGUUGGAAUAACCCUCGACAUCUCUUAGACCAGGGCUUCUCCAGUAGGGCCAUGUUGUCCCCAGGGGAGAUAUUUGGCCCUGUCUAAAGAUCUUUUCGGUUGUCACUACUGGGGGACUAUUCCUGGCAUCUAGUAGAGGCCAGAGUUGCCACUGAAUAUCCUAUAAUGCCCAGGACAGCCCUCCACAAUACUAUUCUGCCCAGAAUGUCAGUAGUGCCAAGAAGGCAAAACCCCUGGGUUAGACACACAGAUGUGGUGCUUUGGAGCGUGAGUGCAUUUGAAGUGGCCGCAGCAACUGGAGAACUGAUUCAUCUGACUGGAGAAAUGUUGCAUCUGACUUGCUCCGUGUUCUUAGGGCUCCCAGAGACCAGGACGGACGCAGCCAUGUCAGAGCUGGUGCCCGAGCCCCGGCCUAAGCCGGCAGUGCCCAUGAAGCCCGUCAGCAUCAACUCCAACCUGCUGGGCUACAUUGGCAUCGACACCAUCAUCGAGCAGAUGCGUAAGAAGACCAUGAAGACCGGCUUCGACUUUAACAUCAUGGUCGUUGGUCAGAGUGGACUGGGCAAGUCAACGCUGGUCAACACGCUCUUCAAGUCCCAAGUGAGCCGCAAGGCCUCCAGCUGGAACCGGGAGGAGAAGAUCCCCAAGACAGUGGAGAUCAAGGCGAUUGGGCACGUGAUAGAGGAAGGCGGUGUCAAAAUGAAGCUGACCGUCAUCGACACCCCUGGCUUUGGAGACCAGAUCAACAAUGAAAACUGCUGGGAGCCCAUUGAGAAGUACAUCAAUGAGCAGUACGAGAAGUUCCUGAAGGAGGAGGUGAACAUCGCCAGGAAGAAGCGCAUCCCCGACACGCGCGUCCAUUGCUGCCUCUACUUCAUCUCCCCCACGGGCCACUCCUUGCGACCUCUGGACCUGGAGUUCAUGAAGCACCUCAGCAAAGUCGUGAACAUCAUCCCAGUGAUCGCUAAGGCCGACACCAUGACCCUGGAGGAGAAGGCCGAGUUCAAGCAAAGGGUCCGCAAGGAGCUUGAAGUGCACGGCAUUGAAUUCUACCCCCAGAAGGAAUUUGAUGAGGAUUUGGAGGACAAGACGGAGAAUGACAAAAUCCGGCAGGAGAGCAUGCCCUUCGCCGUGGUGGGAAGCGACAAGGAAUACCAAGUGAAUGGCAAGCGGGUCCUCGGCAGAAAAACUCCCUGGGGGAUCAUUGAAGUGGAAAACCUCAACCACUGUGAGUUUGCCCUGCUGCGAGACUUUGUCAUCAGGACCCACCUCCAGGACCUCAAGGAAGUGACACACAACAUCCAUUAUGAGACCUACAGGGCCAAGCGGCUCAAUGACAACGGAGGCCUCCCUCCGGCCUGUCUGGUAUUCAUGGAGCAUCUUGUCUACAGCGUGUGUGCGUAUGUGUGUGCCUAUGUGUAUGUGUGUGUGAGAGAGAGAGAGAGUGUGUGUGUGCACGCGUGUGUGUGUUCAGGGGUGAGGUAUUUUCACUGCCCUCCCUGGAAAGUCCCUUGUAAGUUUGGUUUCUCCAUGGCUGUCCAUUAUCUGUCUCCUUUCCUUGUGUCCCACAACAAAGCCGUGUGCCUCACUCAAGAGGUCUGGGGAGGUUUCCAUGAAAAAUGAGGGUGCAGGUGAGCCACAGGUAACUCUUUCUUACCUCUGAAUCUGUCCCCACACUGGGACUGCAGAGACUCUCUGAGGACAGGCUCUGCUGCAGAGCUAGGCCUGGGAGGGGGCGAGUUUGGACUUAUUCCUCCCUGGAAGCCGGGGUGACCUGGGGUAAGGUCAGGACUUCCUGGGAAAAGGAAGGUCACCGGAGGGCAGAGAAGUAGGCCAAGCUGGGCACCUGCAGGAAGAAUUAGUGCCUAGAAGUGGAGACAAGAGCUCCACCCUUUGGUCUGUGCUGCAUUCACUGUCCAAACGCUCCUGCCUGUCCCCGUCGCAGACUGCUGUAUUCCACACGUCACACUCGCCUGUCCCCACUUUCUCUUUUACUCCCUUUCCCUCAUUUCUUCAUCCUGCCCCUCCUUCACUUCUUUCAUUUCCUUGUAGACUAGUCCACUCUAGCUACAUUUCUAUACUUAGAGUUUAUGCUCAGUCUACUUCCAAAAAUGACUUUAGGCCACCUUAAAAAUAAAACCACAGCUAAAAGCAUGCGACAGUACAAACUGGGGCUACGAGAAAUGAGAUCCACAGAGGGCAAUGGGACAGUGACUGUGCCCUCAAACACCGAGACUGGUGCUGGGCCCGGUAAAGGAGGGAGCACGAGAGUUACACGUUUUCCAGUGUCUGGCUGGAAAAGCACACGGGCUGGUUAAGCGAGACACCCUGUUUUAGGCAUUAAGUUCUAGAAGAACUGAGUCUAAAACAGUAUCAAGAAAAAUACACAAUAUUUGUCUUUGUUGGUGGUUUGGCCUCAGAGACAAAUUUUAAACGACACCUCCUCUCUCUCCAUUAGGAUUCUUCCUCCUUAAAGCUGGCUUCUCUGUUGCGUCCUUCCUCUCACCUGUACUCCACCCCUCCUCCCUCCUCUUCUGUUUUCUCUCAUGUUUGUGCUGAAGCUAAUUGCGUCUUGGUCUGCCUGUCUUUCUCUGCUGCUUCUCCCCUGUCCCCACUCCUGACACCUGGAGACAGUCCCAGCUGCACCCACAGUCACACCUUUAGCCUUUCCCUUCAGCCGUGUAUUUAUUAUCCCUUUGUUUCACAAACAAGUUACUCUUUCUCCUUCGUCAGUGAGGUGGCUAAAACUUGGGGCUGGGGAAACGAUUUAGCCUUAGACAAUGGAAAACACCAAGGGACACAGUUUACAGGGACCUCAUGCAACCUCCUGUUCCAUGUCCUGGCCCAACCCUGGGUGUUUUAUAGCUCCCCAGCAUUUAUAGUCCCUUUUCACUCAGGUGCUAGGAAAACACAAGGACUUAAGACCAAGAUUCAGUGCACCAGGUGAGAAAGGUGGGUGAUAGAUCGCCAGUGACCCAAAACUUAUGGUCUUGGUCUUUGCUGGAGGCUCUUUACAAAUCCAACCCACAUCCUCCAUUACCUACAAAGUUAUUCCCAGGCAGGCACCUGUCAGGAUAGAACAGCAGUGGCGUUAGAGCCCAGGUUGCUACAUUUCAAAAAAGAGGGAUCCCUGGCUUAUACAGUGAGCAGUCCUGUAUGGAGAUGUGGGACUGGACCCCCGGGCCUAGCAGGGAAGAUCUAGGGUGGGGGGGCAUUGGAAAGGCUGAAUAGGAGAGUGAUGCUUGGUGCCCCUAAACCAUAUCGCAGCUCCCUGGAGAAGCUGUUUUAUAUGCCUGGUGGCCACACCCUCAACCGUUCUCAACCCC